CGCGUCGCAGCCUAGUGCACAAGAGGUCUAGCAGGGCUACUGGAGUCAGAUGCGCUGUCAACCUUUCGAGAGGGACGGGGAACAGCAGCGUCUACGAAACUUAAAGGUGCGGGCGCGUAUCACAGAGAUGGCAUUCUUGCAUCUGGACGCCCCGUGUAAAGGUCUCCACAGUAAAUCCUGCUGCGCUCAGGCUGACUGGGGGCGCAAUGUGUAAAGCUGUAUCCCAAAAUGCGGCGUGCCUGCUAUGUAGCAGUGCAAGCGCUGCAUUGUUUUUCGGUGCGGAGCAGUCAGAUUUGUUUGUGUCGUGUACUUCCUUGCUCACUGUCUUCUGCGGAAUCUAAAGAUCUAAUCAGCUGAGGCUCACCGGCGAGGUUCAGAGCGCAAUGCAACGGCAUGUCCUGCGCCUUCUUCCAACUAUGAUCACAGUCGUGCUGUAUCCUCGGUAUUGCUUGGAAGUUCUGAGUCAUAUUAUGUGGUUCUGCAAGAGUCUCAGUAUACAGAUCUCUCCUGCAGCAGUGCAACAGGCAGUUACAGGAAUUUCCCGGGAUCGCUCACAAACAUCGAUAGCGCAGAUCUGUGAAGAGCAAAUGGUUCAACGUCGUACAAGAGCUCGCUUGCUCUGGAUCUGCCAUAGAAGAAAGCCUAAAAGUGCGAUCUAUACGUUCCAUUUUCACACAUGCAAGCAGUUCCGCAAAUUUCUAAAGAUCCCGGACACAAAGACACCUUGGAUCGCAGACUAGUGCCACGAGUCACAAACGAAGAUCAAGAACUUUCAAAGCACAUCGAUCAAAAUUUUAGGAUGCAAAGAUCUGAGGAAAUAAAAGUCAUGCACUGCGGGAUCCAAUACGAACUUGAAAUCUGAGAAUCGCACGAAGAGUUUUUUUCGUCAUCCGCCGGCACUACCGAUACAUUUAAAGGAUUUCGUAAAUAGACUAUGAAUCUAAAUUUUGACACUCCGCCAAAUUUUUCCACAGGGAAACGGUGCUAUAGGACACUUACUGUAGUAAGAGUAGAUCGUACACAGCACACCAUGUCUUCCAAGAUUGUGAAGGACAAGGGCGUCAGCCCGAACGACCUCGAGGAGGAGGUUGCCAAGGCCAUCAUGGAUAUUGAGGCUGCUCCGGUAUGAUUUUUGUUGUUUCAUUCGGCUCUUUGAUGCAUGACAAAAUGUUUGUCAGCAAAAUUCUAAAAAUCUAAAUUUCACUUCGCUGAAAGCAAAAAUCUAAUUUCCCCCAACCCACUCGACACUACAGGGCAACGACCUCCGUGCGGACCUGAAGGACUUCCGUUUCGCGGGCGCUAAGGAGAUCGAGUGCAGCGGUGGCAAGACCAACAAGAACGCGAUUAUCGUGUUCGUGCCGUACACCGUCCACCAGGAGGCCAAGAAGAUCCUCCCCAAGUUGAUCCGCGAACUGGAAAAGAAGUUCCAGAAGAAGCACAUCAUCUGCGUCGCCAACCGUACCAUCAUGGACAAGAACUUCCGCAGACGCGGAAUCCAGGUACUUGUUGUGUUUUAAGAUGGUGGAGAAACUACUCUGAAGAUCUUUUGAAGAGUCGAACUAGGGGAAAUGUUUAUCAAUCGCCUGCAGCAUGUAGUUGCGAUGUUGCGUUUUGUGCAAGAACCAUGAUGAUCGGAGUCUAAAAUUGAGAAUUGGUCGAGUCUGAGUUUUGUCAAUGGAGGUUUGGACUUUAUUUCUAAAGCUCAUGCCGCUGCGGAUGCGACUCUGCAGACUGCUUCAUAAGCUCCCCCAUCUGAUAAAGUUUUUUUAUUCGCAUAAAAUCGGUAUUUGCGACAGCGCUUUGAUGUUUAUUUCUGGUGAGUGUUACAUUUGCAUUUCAACUUCUCAAUAUACGCAAAUAACACAAACUGAAUCACAUCGCAUCAGGUCCGCCCGCGCACUCGUACUCUGACCGCUGUGCACGAGUCCAUUCUGGAGGACGUCGUGUACCCGUCCGAGAUCACCGGAAAGCGCACCCGCAUGGCCACUGACGGCAGCAAGCUGCUGAAGGUAUCUACAGUUUCUUCUCUUCGUGAUGUCACACCAUUUUGAUUUUGUUUCCUCCAGCGCGGGAUUUACUCUAGAUUUAUGUUUUCAUGUUUUCGUACACCUUGACUGUGCGGCGCGAGGUGCAAAUGUGUCAUGAUAUUCUGCAUUGUGCGCAGAGGAACGUCUUUCACUCAAAAUCGCACUUCAAACACAGGUCACCCUCGAUCGCAAGGACAAAGAGAACGUCGAGGAGAAGCUGCACGUCUUCCAGGCUGUGUACCGCUCCCUGACCAACAAGGACGCGCAGUUCAUGAUCCCGUAAUUUUGGGGCUCCAGCAUGACAAGAUGAAAAAAGAUCGGCUUCGACCGAAAAGAACGUGCUGCUGUGAUCUACUCGUGUGACUACUACUCUAAACAGUAAGUGGAAC